CCAAAACUCGGGAAACGUACCACCUGCUAGUGCUGGACCUUGGCAGGCUUCUGUGUCGGUUUUUAGACAGGCUCAACAGGCUCAUCAGGGACAUCAUCAGGUUAAUAGUCAUAGUCAUAGUCAUAGUGGUUCGUUUGGGUUUCAAACUCAUUCUGGGUCUAGGAACUCUGCGUCGGGGUCGGGUUCGGGCUCUAACUCGGGGUCUAAUUCCAAUCGGAAUUCGAAUUCUAAUAUGAAUACGAAUACGAAUACGAAUUCUAAUACGAAUUCUAAUACGAAUACGAAUGCAAAUACUAAUUCAAAUUCAAAUGCAAAUACAAAUGCAAAUGCAAAUGCUAAUUCGAAUGCGAAUGAUACAAAUGCGAAUCCCAGUGCAAACACAAAUGCGAAUACUACCAAUACGUUUUGGAGAAACGAGGAUUCAAAUCAACAACAGGCAGAAAUGAUCCGAAGAAACAGUAUUGGAAAUCAAGAUGGAUUUGUUAAUAGUUUGAAUGAUUUGAAUAAUUAAGAGUUGGGAAGAUGUCGUUGAAAAUAGUUGAAAAGAAGUUUUUUUUUUUGAGGUUUUUAAUCAAAGGAACAGUUUGGAUAAGUUGAUCAAAAAUGAUGUUUCUUUCAUAUGAUCGAUGAUUUCAG